AUGGACUGGGUACAUUGUAACAAAUGUUUUUUAAAAUAUCAACCAGAAAUGAAAAUGUAUGUUGUUGAAUGUUCUCAUAUAUUUUGUGAAACAUGCAUCAAACGAGUCAGUGACGCAAAAUGUCUAGUUUGUGAAAAGUCUAGUAAUUUUAUAGCUAUUGGAAACGAUAUGAGUAGUUCGAUUCAACCAUUUUUUGUACCUUUGGAUAUGCAAAUUAAGAAAAUAUUAGAGAUUUACCAAUUCCAAAUGGCGCAUAGGCAAAGAUUAUGUCAAGCUCAAAUGCAAAAGUACCAAUUCGCAAAAAAGGAAUUACUUACUUAUCAUCAUAAACUAAAAGGAGUUUUAAGCGAGAACAAAAUGAUGCGGAAUAUGUUGCUGAAUAACAGUCGUCCAAAUGCUGGCAGUUUCAUUACAAGCACUCCUUCGGCGAUGAACGAGGAUAUUUCUCCAUGUAAAUCUGCUAUUUCUUCAAUUAUUCCAUAUACACCGAUACAGGAUAAAUCUAAACCACCUGGUAAUUCCAUACCAGGGUAUGCUCAAAGACAAAAUAAUUACGAUGAAAAUACAAGGGGAAUGUCUGCACUUCGCAAUCAACCGCAUUUAAUGAGUGGCUACAGACCCUCUCCCGGUAUUAUGGGACCUGCAAACAUGGCUCACCAGCGUCGUCUCAAUAUGCCAAGCAUCCAUAGACCUCCCAAUACGUUGAAUCCCAUAAGCCAACUUCAUGUUAAGAGAACCUAA